AUGAUUGAUAAAGAUCUCAAUCCAAGGUAAUCAAAUUAAUCUCUAAAAUAGUUGUGAAUUUAAACAUUGUCGGUCUUUCUUUUAAUUGAAUUAUACUCAAAUGAAAUGGAAUUCUACACCUCUGCCCUUUGAAUUUGCCUCCUAUCAACACAGAGACAUAGUGAGAAUGAAGGAAGGAGACUAAUUCAAAAACAGAGAUUUGAGGGUUUAUGACAAUUUCCUAGUCUACGAGGAUCAAGUAAUGUUUCAAUACAAAAUAGAAUCGAUCCUAUUGGUUAGACUACGAAAAUUGCAUUAUAGAUUAAAUACAGGAUCAAAAAGGAAUACGUCUCAUUAAAUGUUUCGAUUCAGUUGAAUUUUAUUGUGACACUCAGUAAUGGUUCAAAAUACUUAAAAGACACACAAUAUAAAGUGAUUUUCAAAAGUAUUAUGCCUUGAUUAAAAAAAUAAGCAAGGGCAGAUUUACAGAAGUAUUUCAUCAAUCUAACAUUAACAGGUUUAUAGAGCCAAGUGUCAUGCUGACGGAAAUGAUUAUGCAGUCAAAAUAUUGAAAAAGUCAUAAAUCAUAGAUGAAGCUGAUUUAAUUGCUUUGUUCAAGGAAAUCAAAGUAUUGAGAAUUGUGCAAACAGAUUUUUGUGUUAAAUUCUAUGAGAUCUUUGAAAAUACUGAAAAUAUUUAUAUAAUAAUGGAACUACUGAUUGGAAAAGAUUUAGAUGGACAUAUAGAAAAAACAUCAUUUUUUUCAGAGGAAAAGACAGCUAAAUUUAUAUUUAGAUUGAUAAAGACAAUUUCAUAUUUACAUUCCAAAGGCAUCAUGCAUAGAGAUAUUAAACCUGAAAACAUAAUAUUUAGAUAAAUUGAUAACAUCGACAGUGCAUGCCUGACAGAUUUUGGCUUAGCUGACUUUUAUCACAGCGAUGGAUUUUAUUUGUUUAGAAGAUGUGGAACUCCUGGUUAUAUUGCUCCAGAGAUCUUAAGAAAUGAACACUAUGAUUAUAAAGUAGAUGUCUAUAGUGUUGGCAUCAUUAUGUAUUAUGUUCUAACUGGAAGGAAUCCAUUCGAUCAUCCAAAUCCAAAAUAGAUUGUGUUAAAUAAUUAAUUAGGCUAAAUUAAUUUUCAUGAUUGUAAAUUGAGUAAUGCAGGAUUGGGAUUUUUAACCUAAUUGUUAAAUGAAGAUUAGCAUGAAAGAUUAUCAUCCCAUGAAGCACUCAAUCAUAUUUGGUUCCAAAUUGAAAAAGUCUCAAAAAUAAGAUAAUAUAUAAUAAAAAAGAAGACAGAAUCCAAAAAGAAUUUAUCUAACAUUUUAUAACCAAAAUAGCGUUUAACUCAAAAAUAUAAGGCAGCCAAUCUAAGUCCAAAUGGAAAGCUAACUCUAACAUAGAUUUACUCGCCUUAUCAUAGUAGGUAGUUGUCUUAAAAGGAUCAAUUUUCUUCGGAUUUGUCAAACAAUUUUAUGGUCACAAGUAGAUUGAGUUUAGAAUUUGCUUAAAGCAAAAUUUAACCCCUUUUCAUUUCAAAAUUAAAAUGA